UCCGCCAGAGCAUGUGUAGAAGAGAAUUUGAAUAAGGCAUUAAAUGAAAAUAACGAUUUAAAAAAAGAAAAUUUUGAUUAUGUUCAAGUAUUGACUAAUAUGAAAAAGGAAAUGGAGGAUUUACAAAUGCAAAUAAAAUUACUGGAAAAGGAUAAAACACAAAUUGAUGAUGAGUUGCAAGAAAGUAAGAAAGAUUCCAAUGAAAAAUUUGCACAAAUACAGCAGCUGGUGACUGAAAAGAAACAGCUCGAGGAUCACAUCGAAGAAAUUAAAAAUAACGCUAAAGCUUACCAGGAUAUCGCCGAAGGUAAACAAAAGGAUUUAGAGAUUCAACUUCAAAACAAGGAUAAUGAAAUAGAUACGAAAGUUAAUGCUAUAAAUUGUCUCAUGUCUGAGGUGAAGACAGCAACAGAUGUUAAAUUUAAACUCGAAGAUACCUUGGCCAAGGUUAAGAAAGAGAUGGAACAAGAAAGAGACGCUAUGAAAGAAGAGGAAGAGAAAUCGAAGAAAGAAAUUAAAAAGCUUCAAGAUAGCGUUCGAGUCAAAGAAGCUGAACUUACUCAGAACAUGUCUAUGAUUCUGGAGUUAAGAAGCGAAAAGGGUCGUCUGCAGCAGACCAUCCAAGACAUGCAGAAGACCUUAGACAACGUGGAGAAGGAGCUGACCGGUCGCCGCUGGCCGCCCCCUAAGGAACAUUUCGUCCCCGAGCUCGACGAUAACGCCGUCAUGAUGACCCCUUCCCGAGCGAAAGUAGCAAGACAAGAAACUGUUGGAAAAAGGCUGGAGCUGACGCCAACCGCCGCCCCCUCCGUGUCCACUGCGCCCACCGCGCCCAACGCGCCCAUGGCUGCCAUGAGUCCAGAUAGUUUGUUCAAAAUCUUUUCCGACUCUAGCUCUGAUGCCGAUGCACCAAACGAGACGGCAGUGAAGCGCUGUUUCGCUGCUCUGUCUCGUGGCGAAACUCUGUCGCGUGCGCAACUGGCCACGUUGAAAAAACAACCUAAUCGCAUUGAACCAAGGAACCAAAUUCAAAAGCAACAAAUGCCACAAGAAAUUGUAUCAAAUGCGAAGGAGGAUACUGUAAAGACAAGACCUCGAAAGUUCUUCAAGCAUAAGAGGUUGGAAACAAAGAAAUAG